AUGGCAGCGCUGCUGGUACGCAAAUUCAGUGUUGGAUAGUGUGUCGUUUGAAGUACUAAAACUAAAAAAAAAAAACUAAAAAAACUGCGUGUGGAAAACGCUGGCAGCGCAGCGUUUUCAGUGAAUUUAACGUGCAAAAUAAUUGAUUAAUAAUUGUUAAUGUGCUGUGUGUUAAUGCGUAUGUUAAGUAAAAGUGCGAAUUCAAGCAACAAACAAACAUGUUAUAAUCGGCCUACGUAAAGUAGACAAACGUUGUUCUACUUUAUCCACAUAACGCGCACACAUACAGACACACUCACACACAACCACACUCACUCUCUCACACACAGACACACGCGCGCUUCGGUAGCGCUGCCGCUGAGUGUCAACAGCUGCCGCUACCUCCUCCUCUCUCUGCCUUUGUGGCGGUGGUGGUGGUGGUCCCGUAGUCAAAAUGUCGGACAUUAACGACGAUCUACUCAACUAUGAGUUAGGUUUGGGUGAUGACAUUGAUGACCAGGCGCUGCUUGGCGCCGAUGAGGAUGAGCUACUGCUCUCCGACGAGGAGCUUGAAAAGGAUGUGACCAGUGAGGUGAAACAGCAGAUGCGCGCUGAGGCUGAGGAGUGGGCUCAGGAACAGCUGCGUAAGGCGGCAGCAACGCAGCAGCAACAGCAACAAUCCGCUAUAAAUACUGCUGCUGCUGCUGCUUCAGCCGGAUCACCCACAGCGAGCAAUGAAGGCCGAGCUAGUCGAGAUUUACCCAGUGCCACAAUUGUGGCAGCAGCCGAGACAACCACAGCGCCAAUUGCAUGUGAGACAGCGCAGCAGGUCACAGAGUUUGCUGCCGCUACAUCGACAACAAUUGCUGGUGGCGAACAGCAGCUUAACGAAGAGCUUAGGGAGCAGCGGGCAGGGGCAAAUCAUAGCCCAACAACAGACAGCAGCAGUCACACUGUGAACAAUGGCAGCGCAAGGGCUGCCAAUGACGAGCACUCGGAGGUGGCAGAGCCGGAACUUUGUGAUGCGGAAACCCCAGAUGGAGAUGGACUAUCCUCGCUAUUGGCCACCUCGCAGGAAAGUCUGCCAAGCACCAGUUCCGCUUCGGAGCUGCCCGAUCCGCGCGAGGAUGACGAGGAGCGUGAGGAGCGCACCAAUUUUAAAACUGCCAGCGAACGUUCCGACAACCAGAAGCAACAUUUGCAACACCAACAGCAGCAGCAGCAUUCGCAGCAGCAGCAAUUGCAUAGGCGACAUCACGCUGACAAAGUACGCAUGGGCGGCUCUGGCGGUCCACGCUUUAUGGCUGGCAACAACAAUCAGAACAACAACAAUAAGCGCGGAAUGGGCGCUCGGCAUCAUCUGUUGCGUAAUCCCGGUCCGCACAUGUUCAACCCGCAACGGAUGCAGGGCAUGUCGAUGCCGCGAUUCCUGAUGCCACCCGGCCAAUACGCACCACAAGCACCACCGUCAACACCCACACAACAACAACAGCAGCAACAACAACAACAGUCGCCAUACACAACCAACAAUGCAGGUCCCGUUCCAUCCGCUGGUCCCGGUCCUGGCCCCGCACCAUCCCCGCAUCUACACAAUUCGCACUUGCUGCAACAGCAACAUAACAACAACAACAACAACAAUAACAACAAUAGCAACAGCAACAACAACAGUGGUGGUGGCCCCAACGGCUUGCCACCGCCGCAUCUAUUGCCACAUCCGCAUUCGCAUUCACAUUCGCAUCCCCACGAUCAGGUGCGAGUGGGUCUGCUGCAGCCACCGUUGCCAUUGCCAUUGCUGUAUGGCAAUGCGGCCUAUCGUAAUGGGGCCUUGCUAGGCCAGGGACCACAUCCGCCACCAGUUGCACCACAUUCACCCGGCAUGCGGCCACCGCCGCCCUAUCGCAAUGCUCCGCCGGGCUAUGGUCCGCACGGCCCUGGGCCCGGGCCCGGAGGUCCUGUGCCUGGCUAUGAUCCGCAUAUGGGUGCUCAGUAUAUACGGCCGCACAAUGGCUGGCGGCCACAGAGCGAUGCGCCUGGUUCGCGCAUGCCGCGCCCCCCGCUGCAGGCAUUGCCCCAGCAUUUGCUAUCGGGCGGACCCAGCUAUAUGAAUGGCAUGAAUAUGCGUGCUCCGCUUCAUAUGCAGCAGCAACAGCAACCAAAUCCUGGUCCACCAGGUGCCUCCACACAGGCCCAGCAACAGGCAGCGGCACAAGGUGCCGCACCACCAAUUGGUCCGGGCUCUCACCAGCAGCAGCAGCAGCAGCAGCAGCAACAACAGCAGCAGCAACAGCAGCAGCAGCAAUCAGUGGUGCAGCCAUCGGCGGUGCCGCGUGGCGUUGUCAGCAAGGUGUUGAUCAAUCCGAACUUCAAGGGCGGCGUCAAGGCCGCCACCAACAAGUUCAUCAAGGAGACUCACUUUGUGCCGGCCAUCAACAGCGAGGCGGAGCUGCUACGCCAGCAGGAGGAGUUCAUCUUCAAGAAUCGCCAGUACUUUGAGAAGAGACGCAUGGAACGGUCACCGCCGCCGCCCAGCUCCAACUCGGCGGCGGCGUCCGGUGCCCAAGGCGAACGACGGCGAAGUCGCACACGCAGUCGGUCGCGUGGGCGCAGCUACUCGCCGCUGAAGCGCACGGAUCGCGAACGGGAAAGGGAUCGUGACAGGGAUCGGGACAGAGAACGGGAUCGAGAGCGGGAGCGUGAACGUGACAGAGAACGGGAUCGCGAUCGUUAUGGAGGCGGCGGCGGUGGAGGAGUAGGAGGAGGAGCACGUCCAGUUGCCAUCAGCAGCAGUGACAAUCGGGGCUAUCGACGCGCUGUCAAUAGCAGAGAACGCGAUGAGAAUCGCAGUGGAGCCGGCGCCGCAGCGCCCAAAAGACGGCGCAGCGGCUCGCCAAAUGGGCCGCGUAAUCCCUUCUCAGGCGAGCCGCGCAAUCGGGCAGCGGAGAGCGGUGCCAGUGGCAGUCGCAACCUGCCCAGCGACGAGGACGAGGAGACGCGCGCCUAUCGCCUGAAGAUUGAGAAGCAGAAGCAGCUGCGCGAGAAAAUUAUGCGCGACAAGGAGCUAAAGCGGCGACGCGCUGCCGAGGAGAAGCAGCACGAGGAGAAGCGCGUCGAGCAGCACAGCCCGGCGCCACGAGAUGAACUGGAGGCUAGCAGUGGGCAGGCGACGGCGAUGGCUACGAGCACAGCGCCUGGCAGCGCACAAAAGCAGCGGCAGGCGGCGUUGGGCAAUGAGCGCAAAGUCAUUUCGCUAAAGCGUCGCGACGACGCCGAGGUGGGCAAUGGACGCAGCAGCCGGCAGCAGCAGCAGCAACAGCAGCAGCAGCAGCCUGUGCCAGGUGUACGCAAGCAGUUGACGGCUGCAAAGAUUGCGCCGGAGGCGAAGCGCAGCAUAACCGAACACUUGGCACCUUCGAGCAAGCAGCUGUCAGGUGGUGGUCGAGCCGCUGGCGGCACACCGCCCACAAGCAGCAGCAGCAGCGCCAUCAUCAGCACCACCAGCAAAGGGCGAGAUGUGGCGCCAGCUGGCAGCAUGCUGCGUCUGGGCACGCCCAGCGAUGAUGAGGUGGACCUCGACUAUGACGACGAUGAUCUAAUGUUGGACGAGGAGGAUCGUCUGCUGGCCACACCAUCUCCACCGCCGCCGUCGUCGUCGUCGUCGCGCGCCAACAUCAAGCGCUCGGCCACACCGGAGCUGCUUGUGGUCAAUCGCAAUCCGAAACUAGUGCGCAGCGGCGGUGCCAGCUUUAGUGUCGGCCAGCGGCGUGUGGUGCUGAAGCCAUCCAGCAGCAAUGGUGGCUCUGAGCAGCAAUCCACGUCGCAUGGUGGCGGCAGCAGCAGCAGCAGCAGGCAAAGGGAGCGACGCCAGCGCGAGGAGCAGCUAAUGCAGCGCAAGGGCAACAGCAGCAGCAGCAGCAGCGCUGGAGCAACUGGAGUUGGUAGCGGCAUCUUUGAACGUUUGGAAAAGCGUCAGGCGGCAUCAUCAUCAUCAUCUGGCGGAGGAGCAGGAGGUGGCAGUGCAGGCGGCAGCAGCAGCAAUAGCAACAACAAACAGCGCAGCAAAGCGCCAACACGAAUUGUACUCAAGCAUGACUAAGCCGCAGGGGCAGCCUAAGUAGCAGCAACAGCAGGCCAUGCAGUUAACUGAAAUGUUAAGUCUAUAAGUAUUUAUAUAUAUGUAGACUUAU